ACCAAAGUUGUUCCCCAAGGCGCUUCAAAAAACAGUCUGACUGCAAAUUUGUCAACAUAGACUUUGCGCUUCGCCCCCAAGAACGAUAAAUCCAGAUAAUUUUUAUCGAUGCAACUCCUCAAUGCAGCUCCUCGAUCUCCCAGCCGAGCUUCUACUAGCUAUUGGAGGCGAACUCCAUUCACAAAAUGAGCUAGCGGCGUUCUUAAGGGUAAAUCAAUACCUCUACAAUUUACUAACCCCCUCGCUCUACCGUCGCGAUGCGGUCGACCAAAAGUCGCCAUUUUGGGCAGCAUGGACGGGCCAGCUCAAAACUCUACAGAAUGCGCAGUCCGUUGGAAUAAUAUCUGAUAUCGACAUGGGCAAGCUGCUCCACCUCGCGGCCGGGAAUAACCAAGUAUAUAUCCUCGAAUAUCUCUUGCACGUAGAACAUAAUUUCGCCCUGAAGUGGGUGUCCUGCCCACAGAUCCAGGGCGACUGCUCCACAACGCCAUUAGCAGCUGCAUCUCAAAGCGGACAUUAUGAUGCCGUCAAGGUCCUCCUCAGCCAUGGAGCGGAUUAUACUAUCACCGGUUAUAAAGGUCGCACGCCGCUGCAUCUAGCUGCUAUGUUUGGCUACCCUAUAGUCGUGCAGCUUCUUUUAGACCAUGGUGCAGACGUCUCAGCUAUCGAAGAGCGGCAAUGGACCGCCCUGCAUUACGCCUGCAGCAAUGGAGAGCUAGAUGUCGCAAAGUUGCUUAUUGACAGAGGUGCAGACGUUUCUGCUAUCGAAGAGCGGCAAUCGAUGCCUCUGCAUUUCGCCUGCAGCAACGGAAACAUAGAUGUCGCAAAGCUGCUUAUUGACAGAGGUGCAGACGUCUCCACUUUUGACGGACGGCAAUGGACGCCUCUAGAUUUCGCCUGUAGCAACGGAAACCUAGAUAUCGUAAUGCUGCUUGUUAACAGAGGUGCAGAGGUCUGCACGGGUAACCGCGAAAACCGCUCGCCAAUCUAUAUGGCUGUCAAAUCAAAGAAUCUAGAGCUGGUCAGUUUUCUACUAAGCAUGGGCUGCGAUCCCAUGAGUCGGGAAAAAGAUGGGUCAACCUUGUUGCAUAGGGCUGCGAGAUAUAAUCAACACGAGAUGUGCGAGCUGCUCAUCAGCCAUGGGAGUCAAGUCUCUGCUAGAACGAAUUUGGGGGCAGCGGUGCUUGACUGGGCGGCAAAGGGGGCGGAUGCUCGCAUGAUCACAAUUCUUCUAGGGGCAGGUGCCGAGGUUACAUCAACAAACGUCAAAGGCUUGUCAGCACUUCAUCGAGCAGCAGCUUAUGCGCCACUAGAUGCGCUGAAGUUGCUGAUUGAUGCCGGUAGUGAUGUCAAUUUAAGGUGUUUCGAAGGUGGCGGGUACACGCCGCUGUUCGAAGCGUUGCGCAAGUGUCGCCUAGAUGCCAUGAGGAUCCUGCUCGACGAAGGUGCGGAUGUGAAUGCUAAGCUGGAUAAGGGAAACACACUGCUUCAUGCCGCCGCCGGCGCCAGAGGGAUACCUAUUGAUAUAGUGCGGCUCCUAGUUGAAAGGGGCGCUAAUACGGCAGCACGGGACGGUCGUGACAGGACUCCGCUGGACGUGGCUCUGGCUGUAGGAAAUUAUGGCGUUGGGGAAUUUCUUUCGGGAAAUGAGCCUGUUGGUUUACAUCUAGACUCUGAUGAAGAGAUGUAUUAGUGGGCACUUGCAAAGGCUGAUAGAUACGGGUAGGGACUGAAGGCUGGUGGAUGAGAACGAUUGAAGUGAGCCCUGCAUUCUUCACAUAUACCCCA